GUUGCUAAAAAUGAUCGGUUUGGUUGUUACAAUAGUUCGAGCUUGACCAUGGUAGCUCCUCUAUAUAUCCCGGGUCCAUAUUUUAAUCAGUUAUACAAUAAUGGCGUCUCAAAGCAAUACAGGUCCUUCAUUGAUAUCAAUCUCACAUGGCGGUGAAUAUACUGUACAGAUAAAAAAGAAGGAAAUAUGGAUACAUUCUGCAGUGCCGAUUGAAGGGACACGAUUUCUUCAGUCCAGCAAACUUAAGGAACCCCUCAGUACACAAUUAAAAUUUCUCAAGAUAUCAGGGUCUGGUGCAACCAGUGACGGUGAAAACAAGCCCAACACCACCCAACACGAAGAACCAUUGGAUCUUGCUUCCCAUUACCGUAUCAUAUGUGGCAGCGAAAGUCGAAUUUCCGUCUGGCAAGUGGAUUCGCUUGAAUGGCACGCAGACAUCGAGAAUAUCGAGCCAAGCUUAACUUCUGUUGACUUUGGAGCGAGUGAUGACGAAGCCAUUCUUUUUCACGCGUGGAGCUCAAAAGCGACUAUCUUCAAUCUUGAUUCUGCAAAAAGUCUUGUUAUCAAGUCACCCAAAUUCUGCAAUCCAAGCAGCCAAGGGUACGGCUAUCGGCCGAGGACAAGGCAACUUGCUAUUCUGCUAAAACCAGAAACUAGUGACUUGCUGACAAUCCAUGAAGCUUGCUCCUAUGAAACUAUUUCAAAGGUCAUCCUGCCAACAAUUGAUGCUCAGGGAUUGAAAUGGAGCCCGGAUGGAAGAUGGAUCGCUAUCUGGGAUGCCGCCAACAACGGUACAAAGAUACUCAUUUACACAGCUGAUGGUCAGCUAUUCCGAACAUACUCCGGACGACCAGAUACAGAAACGACGCAUGAUCUCGGUAUUAGAUGUAUAGAAUGGGCACCUCUGAAACGUCGGCAGCAAAGCUCUGAACUGUUAGCUGUUGGUAAGUUUGAUGGGACAGUAGACCUACUUAAUACUCGAACAUUCUCAUGCUCUACAACACUCUUACAUACCUUUCAAAUCGAUACCCAAUCACCCGCAGUCUGGCGGGAGCGUAUGUCCUUUGAGGGAAAACUCGAAUACGCCGAAGCCUCUUCUUCAUCGGCUUUUACUACAGCUAGUGCUGACUCUGCGGGAUUUCCUCGUGGAGUUUCAAUGCUACGGUUCUCAUAUAACAGCGACUUCCUAGCUACAGUAGACCAAACUCAACCAAACAUCGUCUGGAUUUGGUCUUUAAGUGCCUCUAUUAAUCUUAAAUCAGCCUUGGUACAUGAGCACAAUGUCAGAAAUAUUGCUUGGCAUCCACGAGAGCAAGAGCUACUUAUUACAACGGCCAAUAGCACUUUCGCUGCAGUACACGUUUGGUCACAGGACCGCAACCCGAAUAUUGCGGGGGUUCCGAUUUCGCGUAGUGAGGCAGGAAGAUAUGAUGUCACUUGGGUAACAGCGACUGCUCGCGGUGAGCCAGAUGUAUUCUGGUUCAACACGGCUGAUGAUGCUGUUCUUGGUCAUCUUUCAGUAGGUGACGAUGGGCAUGGGUAUUUCAACAUGCUCCAUUCUGUUAGUGGAGACGGUUACCCUCAAACAUAGAGAGAAUACUGUUCCAAACUGAUAUCAAAAAUUUUAUUUUCUUAAACACUUAUAUGGUCAUAG